AUGGGCAAAAAAGAUAGCCAUAUCAAAGACUCUCGAUUUUCCAAAAUUCAUACCGAUCCUCGAUUCCGCACCCAAAAGCCUGAAGACCAAAAAGUCAAGCUUGACGAAAGAUUCACCUCAAUGUUCACAAAAAAAGAUUUCCAAGGUCCAGUUCCAAGCAAAGUUGAUGAAAGAGGCCGAAAAGUCAAAGAUGUUUCUAACCCUUUAACAGAAAUUUAUGACACCUCAGGCAUUGAAUGUAUUGACGCACAAGGGAAAUUUAUACCUUAUUAUUAUGAAAAUAAAUAAUAUUAUGAUUUUCAGUCUCAGAAUAAAAAUUAAAUCUAAAAUUAUUUAUAUAAGGAAUAAAUGGGAUGUAGAAAGCUCAAGUUCUAGUGGCGAAGAAGAUGAAAUCAAUCUUGGCGAGGACCUCUAUGAGCAAGUCGAAAACAUACCUGAAGGAGGCGAAACAAACAGACUUGCAGUCACAAAUUGUGAUUUUAGGAUCGUCAAAGCUGUCGAUUUAUUAGCACUUUUUAGUUCUUUUUGCCCAGGUGAUGUCGCAAAAGUGACCAUAUACCCUUCACAAUUUGGUAUGGAAAGAAUGAAAAAAGAAACAGUUGCAGGCCCAGUUGGAGAUUUUUCUGGAGUUGACCCUGAAGAAGACGACACAAAGCUGAGAAAAUAUGAACUAGAUCAGCUAAAAUAUUAUUUCGCUGUAGUCGAGUGCAACUCAAUAGAAGCAGCAAUAAGGCUUUACGAAGAAUGUGAUGGUUUAGAAAUAGAAAGAACCUCAAAUUUCAUUGAUUUAAGAUUUAUUCCAGACGAUGUCCAAGACUUCAAAUACCCAGCUAAAGAAAUCGCUAAUGAGGUACCAAAAAACCAUCAGCUUCUUCAUUUUUAUACAAAAGCUUUGCAGCACUCAAGAGUAGAACUAACCUGGGACGAAACUCCUAAGGAAAGAACACAAAAACUCCAAUCAGCUUUUGCAGUAGAAGAUUUAGAUGAAGUCGACUUGCAAAAUUAUAUUGCUCCAAUGAGCUCUUCUGAAGAAGAGGAACCUGAUGAUUAUGAUAUGCCGCAAAAGCGAAAUCACCAAGGCAAAAUUUCACAAUUUAAAGCAGCUCAAAAAGACAAUAUGGAGCUCGAAAUAAAAUUUAAUUCAGUUUUUGAUAGUAUUGCACAAGAAGCGACAAAAGAAAAGAAAGACGAAACUACGUGGGAAAAGCAUUUGAGGGAGAAAAAAGAAGAAAAGAAAAAUAAAAAAGCUGAGAGAAAAGCUAUGAGGAAACAAAUGAUGAAGGAUAAAAUGAAGGAAAGGAAAGAUAAAAAAUUGACACAAAGUUUGGAGCUACUGGUGGAUAGCAAAGGAGAAGAAAAAGAAUUCAAAUUUAAUGAAAAUGAUGAAAGAUUUAAGAAAAUAUAUACAGAUUCUAAGUUCGGGAUUGAUCCAACUGAUACAAGGUUCAAGAGAGAUCUGGAUGGAAAUAAAAUGAUGCUUAGCAAUCAGAUAAAGAAGAGGAAAAUUGAAGAAAACGAUGAAUAG